CACACACACAGAGUCACAUUCUUUCUCUGAAUCUACGCACCCACGGCGCACGUUAGCAGACGAGGCGUGUUUUCAGCGAUGGCCUCGAUAUCUUCUCCCUCGAAGACGUCGACGUCCGUACAUCCCGGUCGAAUCAGGGUUUUGAAGGAGCGAUCGCGGCCGUCGGAUGGGGAGGUGGGGCCGGUGGUGUACUGGAUGUUCAGGGACCAGCGGAUCAGAGACAACUGGGCGUUGAUCCACGCCGUUGAUCAGGGUAACAAGCUCAAUGCGCCCGUGGCCGUGGCUUUCAAUCUGUUCGAUCAGUUCCUGGGCGCGAAAGCUCGGCAGCUCGGGUUUAUGCUGAGGGGGUUGAAGCAAUUGCAGGGAGAUUUCCAAGAGACCCUUCAAAUCCCUUUCUUCUUGUUUCAGGGAGAAGCUGAAGAGACUAUUCCAGAUUUUUUGAGGGAAUGUGGGGCUUCACUUUUAGUUACAGACUUCUCGCCUUUACGUGAAGUUGGGAGGUGUAAAGAGGAAAUUUGCAAGAGGGUGAGUGAUUUGGUGACCAUACAUGAAGUUGACACUCACAAUGUAGUACCUACUUGGGUGGCAUCGGAGAAGUUGGAGUAUAGCGCUAGAACUAUAAGGGGAAAGAUUAACAAAAGGCUUCCAGAGUACCUCAUUGAUUUUCCUACGUUGCGGCCUCCUAGUAGAAAAUGGGCAGCCACAAGUCAGUCGAUUGAUUGGGAUGGUGUCAUUGCCGAUGUUUUGAGGAAAGGAGCAGAAGUUCCCGAAAUUGAGUGGUGUGAACCAGGGGAGAAGGCAGCAAUGGAAGUGUUGAUGGGGAGUAAAAAUGGGUUCUUGACAAAAAGGUUGACAGGUUAUUCUAAAGAUAGGAAUAACCCACUAAAGCCUAGAGGGCUUUCUGGUCUCUCUCCAUACUUGCAUUUUGGACAAAUAUCUGCGCAGCGGUGUGCUUUAGAGGCUCGUAGAGUCAGAAACCUUUGUCCUCAGGCGGUCGAUGCAUUCUUGGAGGAGUUAAUCGUGCGCAGAGAACUUGCCGAUAACUUCUGCUUCUACCAGCAUCACUAUGAUUCACUUCAAGGGGCAUGGGAAUGGGCACGUAAGACCUUGAUGGAUCAUGCUUCUGAUAAGCGAGAGCAUAAUUACACCAGGGAGCAAUUGGAAAAGGCACAAACAGCUGAUCCUCUCUGGAAUGCUUCUCAGUUGGAGAUGGUUUACUAUGGGAAGAUGCAUGGUUUUAUGCGAAUGUAUUGGGCGAAAAAGAUUCUUGAGUGGACAAGAGGACCCGAAGAAGCGCUUGAAAUAUCGAUAUACCUAAAUGACAAGUAUGAAAUUGACGGCAGGGAUCCAAAUGGAUAUGUCGGCUGCAUGUGGUCAAUAUGUGGUGUUCAUGACCAGGGUUGGAAGGAGCGGGCGAUUUUCGGGAAAAUACGUUACAUGAAUUAUGCAGGAUGCAAAAGAAAAUUUGAUGUUGAUGGAUACGUUGCUUAUGUUAAAAAGCUAGCGGGUGAAAUUAAGAAGAGAAAAGCAGAAAGUGUGCUCAGUCAAAAGGCAAAGAAAGUCUGCUGUUAGUAGCUUGGGUCCUAAAUCCAAUAUCAAGAGUAAUUUUUGAAGACUAUACCUAAUUUAGCAUGAAGAGUAAUAUUUCAAGACUAUUGAAAGGGGUCCUGAUUGCCUGGCAUCCAUAUUGACUGUUUUACUGGGCAGGCAUUUUUUGGGAAUUGUUUGUACCAUAAUUUCACAUACUUCCCUCCCUCCUUCCCCCUCUUUCUCCAUGCUGACAAACUAUUUUGUGUUGUAGGAGAAGCUGGGAGUUGUGAAUUCUAACUUCAUUUUGUACUAUUAGAAUCUGCUAGAAAUUCUAGCUAUUUUGUUGUCUAAAUUGCUAGCAAUUUGGACAGCAAAUGUGAGAAAGUCCUUAUGAGACCUAUCUACUUGAGUAGGUUUUGGGCAGCCCGCUUCCCUUGUUUGGGAGGUUAGCUCCAUAAGAUAUCUUAUAUUUGCUGCCUGGAUAAACAAAAUAUGGAGCAGCAAAUUGCUAGAGAUUCGGAUUUGUAAUUUAGACUUAGGUUUAAGUUGUCUGAUCAAACAUGACAUAACCAUAGGAAUACUUUGAACCUGAAAUGUUGAGCUAUAGCUGGUUGUGGGGGAAUAUUAUCAUAAGCUGUCCCUACCUAGGUAGUGAAUUUACAUGUGGAAUUGCAAUUUUGCAAUGAAUUGAAACCAUGAAGCUUCUUCUCUUAGGUGGAUGUUCCAGAAUUGUUGCUAUUUUGAUUGAUUGAUGCCACAGGGAAGUACCAUUUCAAGGAUGAAAUGCAAUAAGAUUGGACAUCCAUCUCAG